CUAUCAUCUAUUAUUUUUAUCUUUGUUCUUCACGCAAGCUAUACGAGUAUGGAAACGCAUGUAGUUCAAAUGUUGUAUUACGUGAUGGCGCCCUUCAUUGACGCGCACGACGCCAACCCCAGCUCACCUUGGACCUCGAACCCCACCGCCGCUCGUCAUCUCCGACUUCAACUAUCACCAAUGCCCGGCGAUGAAAGAACCCCCGUGAAGCUGUCGCUGCCUCUCGAAUUCCAACAAGACAUAUUCAACGAGCUGCGAGACGAAGAUGAGCUCGUCAUCCUUGCUCGCGGCCUCGGCUUGGUGCGCAUAGUCACCAACCUCCUUCACUCGUACGAUGCCGCCGGCAACAACCUGAUUCUCUUGGUCGGCGCGGAUGAGCGUGAGAACAUAUGGAUUGGCGAGGCGCUGGCCGAGCAGGCUGCCGUCAGUAUGGCGCCCAAGGCUCGCGGCUUGAGUCUGGUCAACACCGAUCUGAUGAGCGUGGGCACACGAGAGAAAAUGUAUGCGCAAGGCGGCAUAUUCAGUAUAACCUCGCGCAUUCUGAUCGUCGACUUUCUGUCAGGCCUCCUGAAUCCUGAAACGGUUACCGGCGUGGUGGUGCUACACGCUGAAAAGGUGGUAGCAACUUCGCUCGAGGCUUUUAUACUACGCAUAUAUCGACAGAAGAACAAAGUGGGCUUUCUCAAAGCCUUCUCAGACAGUCCGGAGCCUUUCACAACCGGCUUCGCCCCUCUAGCGAAUAUGAUGAAGAAUCUUUUCUUGCCAAAGCCUGCAUUAUAUCCCAGAUACCAUGUGACAGUCGCCAAGUCAUUAGAAGGGCGCAAGAAGGCAGAAGUCAUUGAGCUUGAGGUGCCAAUGACAGAUGCAAUGCGAUCGAUUCAGAACGCGGUCCUGGAAUGUGUGGAAGUGAGUAUCAGCGAGCUUCGGAAAAGCAAUUCGGGUGUAGAAAUGGAAGAAUGGACCCUGGAUAGUGCAUUGCACAAGAAUUUCGACACCAUAAUAAGACGUCAACUUGAUCCAGUAUGGCACAGAACCACAUUCAAAACCCGUCAGGUGGUGCGCGACCUCACGUUGCUCCGAACGAUCCUCCACGCACUCCUUACCUACGAUGCUGUCGACUUCAACAAGUACUUAGACACGGUGUUGGCGGCCUCUCAACCUCCACCAGGCUCAACUAAGCACAAUCAGUCGCCCUGGCUGUUCUUGGAUGCGGCUGACACCAUGUUCACGACUGCAAAACGGAGAGUAUAUACUGGCAAAGUCACAAGUGCCGACCUCGCAAGCAAUACUGGCACCACGCCGGACGGGCUGCAACCAGUUCUUGAAGAGUUGCCUAAGUGGGCUCAACUCGCCGAGAUACUCCAGGAGAUUGAGCAAGACGCCUUUCUCAAUCCGAAACCUCAAGACACAUCCAACGGGUCCAUUCUCAUCAUGUGUGGCGACCAAGGCACAUGUCGCCAGCUGCGAGAAUAUCUCCAGGUAAUGUAUGUGAAAGAAAAUGACGAAGACCCUGAUCGUGAGGAGGAUGAGCCUUCUGGAAAACUCAUGAUGCGUCGCAAGCUCCGCAACUACCUGAAUUGGAAACGUGAUUUUACCAAUGUCAGUGCCGCCCUCUUCUCCGAGAACCAAAAGGCCAUCGACAACAAUGGCAAUCAAGGUACGAAAAGCGGUAUCAAGAACAAGGCACCGCCGGCCAAGCGACGGCGAGUGCGGGGCGGAGGAGCGAUAGGAGCAAGCGCAACACGCACGGAAUUCGGUGCUGUGCGUACAGCAGGAGACCGAGAUGCUCAUAUCGCCAGUCUGAUGGCCGAACUGCAUCCCACAGAGCUGGAGGCCAUGCAGAAAGAGGAGAUUGCAAUUGAUCCUUUACACGAUAUGGAUUCCUACUACUCGCUGUUCGAGAUGGAUUCACUUGUUAUCGUACAUCCCUAUUCGGGUGACCUGGACGAGCAUAUCCUGGAAGAAACAAAACCUCGAUAUAUUAUCAUGUAUGAGCCGGACGCAGCCUUUAUACGACGCAUUGAAGUGUAUCGCUCAUCCCACACGGACCGAACUGUCAAGGUAUUCUUCAUGUACUAUGGCGGCAGCGUAGAAGAGCAGCGCUAUCUAUCCGCUGUGCGCCGCGAAAAGGAUUCCUUCACCCGCCUCAUUCGCGAAAGAGGGAACAUGGCAAUGACGAUGAAUCCCAACGCAAACGUCGAUCCGCAGGAGUCAUUCCUUCGUACUAUAAACACCCGCAUAGCUGGCGGUGGCAGGCUGGCAGCAACAGCACAACCUCCCCGCAUCGUCGUCGAUGUCCGUGAGUUCCGCUCAUCGCUGCCAUCGCUCCUCCACGGGAAGCAGAUUGUGGUAGUUCCCUGCAUGCUUACAGUAGGUGAUUACGUUCUGACGCCCGAGAUCUGUGUGGAACGUAAAUCCGUGCGCGAUCUCAUCGGAUCCUUUGCCAAUGGCCGUCUCUACAACCAAGCGGAAUCUAUGAUGGAGCAUUACAAGUCGCCCAUGCUGCUGAUUGAGUUCGACCAGAACAAGUCCUUCACUCUCGAGCCGUUUACGGAUUUCUCGGCGCGAGACAACAAGGACGGGUUGGGAGGAGCACCUGAUUUGCAGGCAAAGAUAGCCAUGCUCACACUUGCCUUUCCUCGCCUGAAGAUCAUUUGGUCGUCAUCUCCUUAUCAAACUGCCGAGAUUUUUUUAUCGCUCAAGUCGCAGCAAGAAGAGCCGGAACCGCUCACAGCGGUUCAGAAAGGCCUUGACCCUAACGAGCAAGGGGGCGAUGCUAUGGGACAGCGGAUCUUCAAUCAGACCAGCCAGGAUAUGUUGCGGGCGCUGCCAGGUAUCAAUGAGAAGGCCGUGGGAACGCUGAUGCGGGAGUUGAAUAAUAUAAGCGAGCUUGCAAACAUGGAAGAGAAGGACCUUUGUGACAUGAUCGGAACCGAGUUAGGAAGGCGGGUGUUUCGGUUCUUCAACCGGAGUGUGUACGAGGACUUCACGCUGCCAAACUUUGGGGAUUAA